AGUAGCCGAUAGCACAGAAGAUAGUUGGGGCAGGUUUGCAUCUAAUAGUAGUCCGAUAUCUGGGUUCUCUCACGUGUAUGACUCUUGCACCGGCGGCGCUCAGUCCUUAUAGGUUCUGCGCAGGAGCCCACCGGAAUCUGAUUCACUGACUUUCGUGCCAGAGCAAGCUUCCCCAUAUUCACGUACCCCCGGCUACAGGGGUGAUGACAUCAACGGAUGUGUAUUCUAUAGGGUCGACCGGUUCGUUGUGCCCGUCUAAGGUAGUGUGGCGGCACCGAACUCGAAUUUUGGAAAUACUGCUAGCGAUGCAACCGUGGACGCUCCUCUCAACCCCUUGUUCAUCAUUGAUCUCACGGACCUGCCUGAUACGCGGGAAAGUGGCUCGGCUGCAGUAGAUCCCAACACUGGGCGGAUGACGGGCACUCUAGCUGCCGCGGAAGAAAGUUGGAAGGAAAAUCUGUCGGUCAUACGUAUCAACGCAACAGGUGUUGACGAUUCGGUACAUACCAUCUUCUGGAGCGGCACCUAUCGCGCUAUGCUGAGUCCACAAGACUAUACCGGCGGAACCCCACUGUGGGAGAGCGACGAGCCUUACUGCGACUCCUAUCAUGGCACCCGGGACUCGUUCAGGAGUAUUCACCUUUUUAUUACGCUUGACGACCCUCAUUCGCAAACCCAGAGGAUUCGAUCGCUCAUUGAAAUAUAUCGACACGAGGGAUGGCUGCCGGCUUGCCGCAUGUCGCUCUGCAAGGGCUUCACGCAGGGCGGAUCGAAUGCUGAUGUGGUAUUCGCCGACUCCUUUCUCAAGAAUAUCACCCUACAUGUCGACUGGGCGGCAUGAAACGAGGCUCUCGAGAAGAGCGCCGAGGUAGAACGUCCAGUCUGGGAUCUCGAGGGUCGCGGCGGGCUCAGGAGCUAGAAGAAGCUGGGCUAACCUGUACAGCUUGUUGAGUGCUACUAUUUAUGAGAUUCCUGAUACGUGAUGUUGCUAUUGGGAUAAUACUACUAAGGCCUUUUUCUUCCCUCAGGACAGCUUAUUACCGCAACCGUUCGAACGUCAUGGUGGCAGUUGUUAGCUACGAACAUAAAAACCCAAGACAUGCCGAUUAGGCAUUAUAAGCAAUAGCAGGUAAGAGAUGAUCGUGCUAAGUGUACAUGACUAUGUCUGAGAAUGCUCAAGGGUGAUAAAGGUAUCAAUUACAUUGGCAACGGUCAUGUUCGUAAGCUAAUUUAUUUUCCUACUG